AUGGCUCCCGUCGUCAUUAUCAGUCUUAUCCUCGGCUGUGCGCUCCUCGGAGGGUAUGCUAGUAUGUUCACGUCACAUUCACAUGGCUUCUUUGAUGCUCUGCGUGUUUGCAACAGUGGUGCAGAGAAGUGCAUUCUCGACAUGACGGACUCAGUGUCACGACCCAUCACAGGUUUGGAGAGUGUCGAUGAGGCAGUGAAUCUGCUGCUCGAGUUCUUCUCUCAAGGUUUGAGAAAGAAUCCUGAGGUGAAAAGAAUGGACCUCGAAGCCUUGCUCGCUUUUGUAUACCUGGCUGCUCAGUUUGGUGGUGCUUGGUAUAUCAUCGCUCUUGAGGGCUUGAGAUUUGGAAACAAGGACACAAUUCUAAGCUGGACCGGAACAUUUGGGAUAGUGUUUCAAGCCGUUACCAUCACCAUCAUCGCACCGAUCUACCUUACCAUCCAACUCCUACUAUCGCCCUCCAUUCCCCAACAAGCAAACCUCCUCGCCGACCCGAUCGAUGUCAGCUUCUUACCUGCUGCUACAAUCAUAUCAUACGUUGUUCCGAGUAUUGGGCUUUGUCUGCCACUGGUCUUUGACAUCUCUCGAGAGGCAAAGUUCAUCGCUGUCGCGCUCUGGCAACCUUUUCCGUUAUACCAGUCUGUACUUCAGCGUGUUUCUCGCCUUUUUAGCGGCUUCUGGGGGAACACUCCCUCGAGUAAGGCAAAUGUCGACUUAAGGCUGUGUAGAAACGCCUUCAACCGCGCGUACAUGUUCAUCGCCGGGCUGACUAUGAGUAUUCACCUCACUGUGAUGGGAACCGUAUUCGCGUCCUGGAUCGGCCAAGUUCAACCUGUAUCCGGACAUCACAUACUUACUCUUACAUCAAUCACGAACCCACCGACACUGGCUCUCUUGGAGCCACCCGUUGCAGCUUUGCAGUCCAGGGAGGUUGUAGUCUCGUUCUUGCGAUGGGACGUCUACUGCACCUGUCUUUCCAUGAUUAUCUGGUCUGGCUACCAGCUCUCCAUUGCCCAGAGGGCUCCGAAUGUGAUGGUCACAGGUAUCAGGGCGAUGUUGCUGGCAGUGGUUGGAGGACCCAUUUUCCCGGCAUUGAUGUUCCUUUGGGAAAGGGAUAACAUGGUGAUCAACAAAACUUUGCCUACGUCACGAAAGCAGAAGUGA